AUCAUUUAUUUCAGUUAGGGACAGUGAUGCAAGUGAAGUGUUGCCUUUAACCAAGAACUGGGACUUUGGAUUUAAAUUGAAGUGUUGAAAAAUAAAUUUAAUUCUAAGAUUGUGACUGAUUUUUUUAUUUUUUGUUUUGUUUGAAAUAAAGAAAUGGGUCUCUUAACAGAAGGCAGACCUCUCUCGUGGCCCGAAACCAAAGCCUUGGCCGAUCAUGUGCGUCGUCAUGGCAUUGAACAAUUUAUAAAUCAUUAUCAUCGACUCAAGGAUCGCAGUGGCGACACCCUGAAAUGGGGUGAUGAAAUCGAAUAUAUUUUAGUUAAAUUCGAUGAACGUCAGAAAAAAGCCCAAGUAGCUUUGAAGGCUCAGUCAUUGUUGGAUAUUUUAAAUGAAAAGGAAGAAACUAAUCCACAUGCUUGUAAGGCACUCUGGCGUCCUGAGUUCGGGGCGUAUAUGAUUGAAGGUACUCCGGGAAAACCAUUCGAGGGUUUUCUUACACAUUUCACAAUGUUGGAAGCCAAUAUGCGUCAUCGUCGUGAAGAAGUCACGGAUCUCUUGGAACGCGAUGAAUGUAUUUUGUCGAUGACAAAUUUCCCCCGUUUGGGUUGUGAGGACUUUACCUAUCCAGUAUAUAAACCACAACCGAAUAAUCCAAAUUCGGUGACAAUGUCAAAAUAUUAUCCCGAUGAGGCAUCGUUUAGUGGUCAUCCACGUUUCAAGACAGCUGCCAAGAAUGUUCGAAUGCGUAGAGGUGAAAAGGUGGCCAUUAAAGUUAAAGUAUUCAAGGAUAAAUUUACCAAAUAUCCAGUGGAAGGAAGCCCCAUAAAUGAACCAGAUGUUGUGUUGCUGGAUGCGACAGGUUUGGGCAUGGGUUGUGGUUGUUUACAGGUCACUUUUCAGGCGGCAAAUAUGCAAGAGGGCCGUUUGCUAUAUGAUCAAUUGGCCACAAUGUGUCCCAUAAUGUUGGCACUGACCGCAGCUGCCCCCAUCUACAGAGGAUAUUUAACAGAGACAGAUUGUCGUUGGCAGAUAAUAAGUUCCUCGGUAGAUUGUCGCACACCAGAAGAUAAAUCCUUUAUACCCAAAUCACGUUGUGACUCAAUAAGUUCAUAUCUCUCGGGAGAGGGUGAAAAGUACAAUGACAUACCACUGCCAUACCAUCAACGGGACUAUGAACACCUGAGACAGGGUGGUGUCGACCACCUAAUGGCCCAACACAUAGCCCACUUGUUUGUGCGUGACACGAUUUGUUUGCUCAGCGAAAAGGUCUAUCAGAACGACAAGGAGGACACCGAUCAUUUUGAAAAUAUCCAAUCCACAAAUUGGCAGACAAUGCGUUUCAAGCCACCACCACCAAACUCCUCCAUUGGCUGGAGAGUCGAAUUUCGUCCCUGUGAUGUACAAAUAAGCGAUUUUGAAAAUGCCGCUGUAGUUUGCUUCAUUAUUCUACUUACCCGGGUGAUAUUGGCAUAUGAUCUGAAUUUGUUGCUGCCCAUUAGCCGGGUCGAUGAAAACAUGAAGACGGCCCAGAAGAGGGAUGCAUGCCGGCAGGGAAAAUUCUAUUUUCGCCGUAAUAUUUUCAAUACUUCUGGCAGCAUGGAAAGUAAUGGAUGUGGUAAUGACAAUGGUUGCGAGACUAUGAAUGGUUAUCACACAGAGGCUGGAAGAGAUGAAGAGGAGGAAUAUGAAUUAAUGACAAUUGGGGAUAUUAUUAAUGGAAAGUCCAACACAUGUCCAGGCUUGAUACCCUUAAUAUUCAGUUAUUUAGAAACCAUGGACGUUGACAGCAAUACCUAUGGAACAAUAGAAAAAUAUCUAACUUAUUUACAAAAACGGGCUUCGGGUGAAAUACUAACCGGCGCUCAAUGGAUACGAGAACAAGUUCUGAAACAUCCAGAGUACAAACAUGACUCCAUUGUCAGUGACCGGAUAAAUUAUGAUCUUCUGAAACGUAUUCAGGAACUUCAAAAUGGAAAAUUUGCCGAACAAAUUUUAAGAUCUGGUUGAUACGGCAAAUUUACGGAUUGUGCCCUGCUUCGGUAUUUGUUCGAUGACUUCUUUUGCCCGAUGUGCUGUGACCUCCCCGCAUCAAAGUGAAAAUCACAAAAAACCUCUACUACUAAGAACAAAAUUUGGAGAUUUCAAGGUCUCGUGAUUUUAAUGUAAAUACUAAGUAUUUGUGUGUAAAUACUUUCUAUAAUGAAAUUUAUAUUAGUAUAAGACUUGUUUGAAUUAACAAAUACAAUUUUAAAAAAAAUAUAUUCAUACAUAUGUAUAUGUAUAAUAACAAUUAUUUGUUAUUCCAGUAAA